AUGGAUUCGGUCAGUUUCGGGUGGGAUCAAAUUAACUCGGGCGUCGCGUCAACGAUGCCGCCUCUGUCGCGCUCGAGCGCGGUGGAACUGGCCAACAUCCUCGCCGGCGAUGCGCGCCUGUACGAGCCCAGGCGGCUUCCGGUCGGCACCGAUUUGUCAGAGAUGGACUUGAUGGGUCUGCGAUCCCAGCUUCGCGCGGUAGACGACUUGUUGCCCUCGCGCGCAGCAGAGCACGACGCGGUUUACUUCGCAUACUCAGCCAAACACCUUCCUGCGACCGUCGCCGCGCUGAAAGCGAUCAAUAUCAACACACAACCACGUUACGCAGCAGGACUCGUCAACAUUCUCGCCGUCCUUCCCGAUCCGAAAGAGAACCCGUACUUGCGCACCGUUCUUGCAUCCGAAGAGGCGCGGGGGCUCGGAACUCUGAUCACACGUGCCUGGUGCGAUGGCAAGAUCGAGCCGCUGCUACCCAGCGGAUUGGGCUAUAUCUUGACGUUCAUCAUCCAUACACUAUUCUGGAGUCCAUACCAGUGGGGAGACGACGGUAAAGGCUCGAUCGAUGCUGCCGAACGAGCGCGUCUACACGAGAAACUACAGCCGCUCGAGGACGCGGUUCCUCCACGUUCACCUCCCGCCACGCGACGCGGCGAAUUGGAUACGUGGAUAGAGAUCAAGAGACUCAACGGCCUACUACAGCCUUUGGAGCAUAUGGAGGGGCCACCUGGGUGGUACAUAAUGCAUACACAGCGGCAUCUGCAAGGGCAGGUCACGCCAGUGGACAUAUGUGAUGUGUGCAUGGAUGAGGGCGAGAAGGUGGCGCGGUGCUCGCGGUGUAAGGCGGUCGGAUACUGUGGCGCCAAGUGUCAGAAGAAGGCAUGGAAGACGCAUAAGUUACGAUGUUUCACGCCGCCGCUGUAA